AUGCUAGAGAUCCUUUUAUCCCCUGGCUCUCUUAGCUGGGGGAGAGGGCUUUUGUGCAUUUUUUCUGCAUUCGUUGUUGGACUUAGUGGUGUAGUUCCGCUUCUAUUUCUCCCACUAGAUAGUAUAUGUCAUAGGAAAGAUGUGAUUUCUCUUAAUAGGUGGCUUAGUUAUGCUACUGGAAGUCUCCUUGGUGAAGUUUUUAUCCACCUUUUGCCAGAAUCCUGGAUUAACAGUGACAUCGACACAUUUCAGAUCCCUGGAUUUUGGAUACUCAGUGGACUUCUGCUGUUUUUCAUUAUCGAGAAGUUAUGUAUUAAUGAUUCUACUGAAAAAGAGGUCGAAGGCUAUCUCAAUCUUGCUGCUAAUAUAAUUGAUAACUUUACCCAUGGUGUGGCUAUUGCUGGAAGUUAUCUUGUAUCUCUUCGUUUAGGGAUUCUGACGACUACCUGCAUAUUAGUCCAUGAAGUUCCUCAUGAAAUGGCUGAUUUUGUAAUUUUACUCCGAAGUGGGUUCAGUCGGUGGGAAGCUGCUAAAGCUCAAUUAGCCACAGCAUCUGGAUCUACUUUAGGUGCCAUUCUAACACUUUGUGCUAAUGCUUCAGUAACCGGUUGUACAACAAAAUGGAUACUUCCAUUUACUGCCGGUGGCUUUCUGUACAUUGCAUUGGUCUCUCUUCUACCUGAUAUUUUAAAAGAAUUAUCAUUUAAGGAAUCAAUUAUUCAUUUAACUCUUAUGUUUUUUGGUUUAACUUCAAUGGCAAUUGUCUCAUAUGCAAUGGAUUGA